AUGGCCGUGGAUCAGAAAGACAAAGACAAGGAUGGUACCUCUGGUGGCUACCUUGAGGAUGGUGUCCAUGCAACCGAUGACAUCAGCCAACGCCUGGCCACCGCGGACGGGCCGCCGGGGAAGAGUGCGGCGCACUACUCACACUUCUGGAUGCUCCGGAAGGUGCAGCGCGGGUAUGCCUGCUUCGAUGCCUAUGCCAGGAUUAGCCUCACUGUCUCCGCACAGCAGAUGAUGCUGGUGGGCGCCUACUAUGCCAUUGGCCUGUUCAUGACGAAGACGGAAGGGUGGCCAGCACCCACACAGAACUCAGCCACAGGAUGGCUGUCAUCAGCCACGGCCGCAUUCGCCGGGUGCAUCCUCUACAAGUUGGACCUCUUUGUCGUCAAGUCUCAGAGGAGGAUGGUAGACACUGCCAUCUUCUUGGCACCCCUGGUGCUGACCUUGGCCGUGCACCUGGCGGUCAUCAGAGACGACAAUGGACGAAUGGGGGUUCGACCCUGCGAUCAGGCCAUACCGGCCUGGCUGCCCUGGAACCUAGCGCUUCUCGCGUGCGCUUUGCACAUGGGCUGGAUUGUGAUCAUCAUGCACUUGUCCUCGCCCCUGAAGACUCGAAAGGACAGAGAGAGGGAGUGA